AAAUUUCUUAACUCCAAGAUGGAUGAGAACAGAACGGACUGGAACCUGACGGAGCCGAGGAUAGGUCUCCGGUCCCCAGACCUGCUCAGGAACAGUUCCGUCAAUCUUCAAGGGAACUUCGAGAUUGAUCUGGAAGAUACAAACUGGAUAUUGACAUCGUCGUUCAUCAUAUUCACUAUGCAGACUGGUUUCGGCAUGCUGGAGUCUGGUUGUGUGUCCAUUAAAAAUGAAGCCAACAUUAUGAUGAAGAAUUUGGCAGACAUUUCUCUUGGUGGCCUAACCUACUGGAUCUUCGGCUACGGUAUGUCAUUCGGGCAGGGUCCGUACACGAACCCCGUGAUCGGCGUGGGUGAUUUCCUGAUUGACCCACCGGUGGGCGACUCGCUCAUGGGACCCGUUUUUGCCUCCUUCCUCUUUCAACUGUCCUUCGCUACUACGGCUACUACUAUUGUCAGCGGAGCAAUGGCUGAAAGAUGCAAUUUCAAAGCCUACUGCCUCUUUUCAUUCUUGAAUACAAUAGUAUAUUGCGUGCCAGCGGGUUGGGUGUGGGGUUCCCAUGGGUUCCUGAGUCGACUAGGGGCUGUGGACAUCGCUGGAUCCGGCCCUGUUCAUCUUAUUGGUGGUUCAUCGGCCUUCGCCUCAGCGCUUAUGCUAGGCCCCCGACUGGGCCGAUAUGCGAAGGGCACCGCUCCGCUGCCGCUCGGCAACCCCGUCAACGCAGUGAUGGGCACCUUUGUGCUGUGGUGGGGGUGGCUCGCUUUCAAUUCCGGGAGUACAUAUGGGGUGAGCGGCGCAAAAUGGCAGUACGCUGCGCGCGCGGCUGUCAUGACAAUGAUGGGAUCAUUCGGAGGUGGCUGCUUUGGGCUACUAUUCACUAUGAUCAAGAACAAGGGGAAGGCAGACGUAAUGGAGCUGAUUAACAGUGUCCUUGGUUCCCUGGUCUCCAUCACCGCGGGUUGCUUCCUCUACCGCGCCUGGGAGUCCAUCCUGAUUGGUCUAAUCGGCGCCGCUAUAGCCUGCGCGACCACGCCGCUAUUUGACAAACUGCGAGUUGAUGAUCCAGUCGGAGCUUCUAGUGUCCAUGGUGCUUGCGGACUUUGGGGGGUGUUGGCCGUGGGCCUUUUUGCUGAUAACCCGAUACCAAUGGAUACCACGAACGGGAGGUCCGGGCUGUUCAAAGGCGGCGGCUGGUACCUGCUGGGCGUCCAGGCCCUCACGGGGGUCUGCCUCAUGGCCUGGGGGGUCAUAGUGACCAUGCUACUGCUCUGGCUCAUCGACUGCGUGCUGCCCAUCCGCAUGGACCCGUAUGAGGAGCUGCUAGGUGCAGACCUCACGGAGCAUAGGAUCCGACACGGCCAGGUGGGGGUGUCUCGCGCCGUCUCCGCCCUGCGGCCUUACCACCGCUCCAGCAGCAUUGAAGAAGUUGGCGGCAUCGGCAUCAACACCGGACACAGUCUGGUCGUCGACAAACUCUACGAGGCUCAAUUCCAAAAGAAGAAAAACAGAAUCAGCGGACUGCAGGUAUUCAAAAACAAGGCUUUUGAAGAAGAUGAACAACCCAAGUCCGAAAUAAAAAACGAGGGUUUUCUAAACCGACGGAACGGUGAUCCUGAAAAUGAACUUCACAGAGCUAUAGAUUCCAUGGCUGAUGAGCUGAAUGGUGCUGCUUUUAAAAGAGGCAAAGUCUCUAAGGUAGUUCCAGAAGAAUUGAAAGGGAAGAAGUUUAAAGAACUAUCAGUAACUGAGUUGGAAAGUUUAGGAGAUAUGAACGCGAAUGAAGACAGGUUUAGACAUAGGUUCAACGAAGAUAAUUAUAAUGAGGAUGUGAAGAGGGCUAAUAUGACCUGGAUAGAUUAGUAUUAGGUAAAUAUUAUUUUCAA